AUGCUGCGCCGUAUCGUGCGCGUGGCCGCGGUCUUACCCGCCGCGUUCACGUUUGCGCAAGAUCAUGACCUUAAAGAUCCCCAGCAACAACGGCUAGGUGUUGUCGUCCCGGCCUACGAUGGCGACCUCGCCAGGGCUGUGUCGUCGCUCGAGCGAUGGCCCGCCAAGUGCUCGCCCCUGACCCUCGAGAAUGCCGACCUCGUGCUGUACUACGCGGAGGAAGAGAGCAGCGCGACGGCCUCCGCCCUCGAGAGCAUCUCCAGCACCGCCGGCCGCUGCUUCUCGAGAACGCGGAUCGUGUACGCCAACCUUGCGGAAGAGGAUGACAUCUACCCCCAAGGCCCCUCCGUCAUGUUCUACAACAUGUUCCUCGACGAGAGCGUUCGCUCCAGCCUCUCCGGGUACGACGCGCUCUCCAUCAUCGAGUGGGACGUGCUCGUCGCUAGUGACAACUCCUUCGAGGAGCUCUACCACGCCGCGUUCCGCGUGAAUGAGGAGUUCUGGGUGAAGGGCAGCAACCUCGAGGGCACCUCGUUCCACUCGAACGCUGAUGCCAUCGAGAUGUGGCAUGUGCUAGGCCACAUCAACGGCAACGCCAUCUACAACAACGACGACCCCGCGUUCGUCGAGUAUGUGGAGUACACCCGGGCCCGCUGGGGAUACGAGCACCCGUACGACGUGGCGCUGUGGAUGACCAUCUCGGACUUCCCGUACAGCUGGCCUCUCUACCAGCGGUACUCGAGCAAGUUCGUCGUCACCAACCUGAUCUCGUCCGUCGGGUACGAGCACGUCAACCACGACACGGUCUCCGACGCCGUCGCGGGCAAGACUCUGUUCAUCCACGGCAGCAGCGUGGACGAGGGCAACGUCGCGUCCUACGAGGCCACCGAGGGCGACGCCGCUGUCGACGUCGCAACUUCCCAGCGCCAGCUUACGGAGGAUGUACCCAAGUGGCAGGCACAGGAGAAGUGGAGGAACACCAGCGUCCCCAAGUGGAAGCGCAACCAGAAGUGGAAGAAGCAGUACGAGGACUCUUCGGAUGAGGAAGGGUGCAUGGACGGGUGCGAGUACACGAGCAAGGACGGCACCAGGGGACGCGUGUGCGACUCGAACUGCUCCAGCCCGAAUGUGUACGGUACUCUCGGAUGCGGCGCCAAGAACGGAAAGUACGGUGCGGACUGCCGCGCUUGCUACAACGACGACGAGAAGGCCCGCAAGCAGGACACGCCCGGGAACCGCGCGAUCAUGUGCUCGACCAAGAUGCCCGUGGACGUGUACGGCCGCCGCCUGACUCCCGCCGACGAGAGCAACCCUCUCCUUGUCGCCCGUGAUCUGGAGGCCCUCCAGAAGGACGAGGUGCACCGCCAGCUUUCGGAGGAUGUGCCGAAGUGGAGGGCACAGGAGAAGUGGAAGAACAACACGGUCCCCAAGUGGAAGCGCAACCAGAAGUGGAAGAAGCAGUACGAGGACUCUUCGGAUGAGGAAGGGUGCAUGGACGGGUGCGAGUACACGAGCAAGGACGGCACCAGGGGACGCGUGUGCGACUCGAACUGCUCCAGCUCGAACGUGUACGGUACUCUCGGAUGCGGCGCCAAGAACGGAAAGUACGGUGCGGACUGCCGCGCUUGCUACAACGACGACGAGAAGGCCCGCAAGCAGGACACGCCCGGGAACCGCGCGAUCAUGUGCUCGACCAAGAUGCCCGUGGACGUGUACGGCCGCCGCCUGACUACCGCCGACGAGGUGAAUCCUCUCCUCGUCGCCCGUGAUCUGGAGGCCCUCCAGAAGGACGAGGAGCACCGCCAGCUUUCGGAGGAUGUGCCGAAGUGGAGGGCACAGGAGAAGUGGAAGAACAACACGGUCCCCAAGUGCGUAUUUCCUUCGGAAGACGUGGAAGCGCAACCAGAAGUGGAAGGAAGCAGUACGAGGACUCUUCGGAUGAGGAAGGAUUGCUCAAGUUUUCUGUUUUUCACCCACGACAGGUGCAUGGACGGGUGCGAGUACACGAGCAAGGACGGCACCAGGGGACGCGUGUGCGACUCGAACUGCUCCAGCUCGAACGUGUACGGUACUCUUGGAUGCGGCGCCAAGAACGGAAAGUACGGUGCGGACUGCCGCGCUUGCUACAACGACGACGAGAAGGCCCGCAAGCAGGACACGCCCGGGAACCGCGCGAUCAUGUGCUCGACCAAGAUGCCCGUGGACGUGUACGGCCGCCGCCUGACUCCCGCCGACGAGAGCAACCCUCUCCUCGUCGCCCGUGAUCUGGAGGCCCUCCAGAAGGACGAGGUGCACCGCCAGCUUUCGGAGGAUGUGCCGAAGUGGAGGGCACAGGAGAAGUGGAAAAACAACACGGUCCCCAAGUGGAAGCGCAACCAGAAGUGGAAGAAGCAGUACGAGGACUCUUCGGAUGAGGAAGGGUGCAUGGACGGGUGCGAGUACACGAGCAAGGACGGCACCAGGGGACGCGUGUGCGACUCGAACUGCUCCAGCUCGAACGUGUACGGUACUCUCGGAUGCGGCGCCAAGAGCGGAAAGUACGGUGCGGACUGCCGCGCUUGCUACAACGACGACGAGAAGGCCCGCAAGCAGGACACGCCCGGGAACCGCGCGAUCAUGUGCUCGACCAAGAUGCCCGUGGACGUGUACGGCCGCCGCCUGACUCCCGCCGACGAGAGCAACCCUCUCCUCGUCGCCCGUGAUCUGGAGGCCCUCCAGAAGGACGAGGUGCACCGCCAGCUUUCGGAGGAUGUGCCGAAGUGGAGGGCACAGGAGAAGUGGAAGAACAACACGGUCCCCAAGUGGAAGCGCAACCAGAAGUGGAAGAAGCAGUACGAGGACUCUUCGGAUGAGGAAGGGUGCAUGGACGGGUGCGAGUACACGAGCAAGGACGGCACCAGGGGACGCGUGUGCGACUCGAACUGCUCCAGCCCGAAUGUGUACGGUACUCUCGGAUGCGGCGCCAAGAACGGAAAGUACGGUGCGGACUGCCGCGCUUGCUACAACGACGACGAGAAGGCCCGCAAGCAGGACACGCCCGGGAACCGCGCGAUCAUGUGCUCGACCAAGAUGCCCGUGGACGUGUACGGCCGCCGCCUGACUCCCGCCGACGAGAGCAACCCUCUCCUCGUCGCCCGUGAUCUGGAGGCCCUCCAGAAGGACGAGGUGCACCGCCAGCUUUCGGAGGAUGUGCCGAAGUGGAGGGCACAGGAGAAGUGGAAGAACAACACGGUCCCCAAGUGGAAGCGCAACCAGAAGUGGAAGAAGCAGUACGAGGACUCUUCGGAUGAGGAAGGGUGCAUGGACGGGUGCGAGUACACGAGCAAGGACGGCACCAGGGGACGCGUGUGCGACUCAAACUGCUCCAGCCCGAAUGUGUACGGUACUCUUGGAUGCGGCGCCAAGAACGGAAAGUACGGUGCGGACUGCCGCGCUUGCUACAACGACGACGAGAAGGCCCGCAAGCAGGACACGCCCGGGAACCGCGCGAUCAUGUGCUCGACCAAGAUGCCCGUGGACGUGUACGGCCGCCGCCUGACUCCCGCCGACGAGAGCAACCCUCUCCUCGUCGCCCGUGAUCUGGAGGCCCUCCAGAAGGACGAGGUGCACCGCCAGCUUUCGGAGGAUGUGCCGAAGUGGAGGGCACAGGAGAAGUGGAAGAACAACACGGUCCCCAAGUGGAAGCGCAACCAGAAGUGGAAGAAGCAGUACGAGGACUCUUCGGAUGAGGAAGGGUGCAUGGACGGGUGCGAGUACACGAGCAAGGACGGCACCAGGGGACGCGUGUGCGACUCGAACUGCUCCAGCUCGAACGUGUACGGUACUCUCGGAUGCGGCGCCAAGAACGGAAAGUACGGUGCGGACUGCCGCGCUUGCUACAACGACGACGAGAAGGCCCGCAAGCAGGACACGCCCGGGAACCGCGCGAUCAUGUGCUCGACCAAGAUGCCCGUGGACGUGUACGGCCGCCGCCUGACUCCCGCCGACGAGAGCAACCCUCUCCUCGUCGCCCGUGAUCUGGAGGCCCUCCAGAAGGACGAGGAGCACCGCCAGCUUUCGGAGGAUGUGCCGAAGUGGAGGGCACAGGAGAAGUGGAAGAACAACACGGUCCCCAAGUGGAAGCGCAACCAGAAGUGGAAGAAGCAGUACGAGGACUCUUCGGAUGAGGAAGGGUGCAUGGACGGGUGCGAGUACACGAGCAAGGACGGCACCAGGGGACGCGUGUGCGACUCGAAUUGCUCCAGCCCGAAUGUGUACGGUACUCUCGGAUGCGGCGCCAAGAACGGAAAGUACGGUGCGGACUGCCGCGCUUGCUACAACGACGACGAGAAGGCCCGCAAGCAGGACACGCCCGGGAACCGCGCGAUCAUGUGCUCGACCAGAGAGCCGGUCGACGUCUACGGCCGCCGCCUGUCUGGCCACCAGGACUUCUCUCUUGAGCUCGCACGGCUAACGGAAGCCGAGAACAGCGAGGACGAGGACUCGGAGGACGGCUUUGAGCCUCGCGUGGACGUCGAGGUUGGCGGUAGGGAGAAGGCGGUCCGCUUCUUCGAGGCGGCGGCAGAGCGGACGUACCUCGGCGAAGUGGAGCGCGGCAACCUGUGCGCCUUCGUCAGCGGUUGGGCGGGCGAGGAGGCCAUGUGGGAGGUGACCGUGAAGAGCAUCCUGCAGUUCAUGCCGGGCAUGAAGGUGGCUGUCGCUGCUGAGGCGGAGGGACUCGACGCAUACGAGAGGUCCAUGGGCCGUCUUCCCGGCGUCACGGUUUCCGGCACCCAGAACCCCGCCACGGCGACCUUGUACGCGGACAAGUACUGCUCCUUCAGCGAGCUUAUCCUGUACGUCAAGCCGGGGUCCGUUCUCUCCCGGUCCUUCACCUCCAAGGACACCCACUCCCCGCGGGGCGACCUCCUGGUCGUGCACGCGGGCUCUCAGGGGAGCUACCACGACACGGAGCUGAGCCGCCGCUCGGCGUCGGUGCUCGGGUUCGAGGCGCCGUCCUUCACGCAGGGUACCGACCUGAUGCUGCCGGGAGAUGCGAACUACUACCUAAGGGAGGCGCUCGGGUUGAAGAUUGGUUCCGACGGCCUGCAGGGAGACGGAGACGGGGAUGCCGUGAUCGCGCUUCAGAAGUUCGUUGACUUCGACCAGGUCUCCGCCGUCCCUCAGGUGCUGGCCGCGGUCGCCUACUCCCGCGAAACGCCCGGAGUGUGGUUCAUUGACCCCCGUGGUUGGGUGGGCCAGAACCUCUUCAAGGAGGCGUCCAUCUGGGACAUCCCCCUAGUCAAGCCCCGCUUUACCUGCACCAUCGCCGCGGACAAGCUGGACUCCGCAAGCCCCAAGACUGCCGAAACGUUGCAAAGCAGCGUGGACUUUUUUGCGAAUGGCGGGAAGUGCGCCAACGGCCUGAUCGCAGCCGCGCCGUAG